ACCCACACACGACAGCGAGAAAGGGGAAUUUUUCCAGCUAGGGUUUUAGGCAGCGCGGGUCGGACAGAGGCGAUGGGUGCGGCGGUCGACGAGACGGCGGCGGCGGCGGCUGUGGCGGCGGAGGGCGGCCCCGCUGCCCCCGCGGCGGAUGCCGACUCCAAGGACCUGCAGCAGCAGAGCAAGGCCCUCGACAAGCUCACCGACCACGUCGAGGACCGCCAGCUCGACUCCUCCCGCGUCCAAUCCGCCAUGGCAGCUCUUGCUUCAUCUAAAGAGGCUGACUGGAAUGCCAUGAGACUGAGGGAGAAAGAAUUAUCUGCUGUCAAGAUCAACCCUACUGACGUUGAAAUCAUUGCCAACGAGCUUGAGUUGGACAAGAAGAUUGCGGAGAGGACGCUCCGAGAGCACAAGGGCGACGCGGUUGCUGCAGUCCGAUUCUUGCUUCGUUGAUUCGGAAUCAUGCUGCCAGCGUGCAAAUGUUUAUUUUAUCUGUAAACCAUGCGGAUGGGGCUGUACUUUGUCUUUUGUAUCACAGUGAAACGAUCAUUUUAGUCACCCGUGCAGAACUUAUAUUUACAUUGUGCUGCAGACUGGUUUCUGUUUCCUUCAUAUCCGUAAAAUCUGAAUAGUCAGAAAAUUGAAAAAAUCAUGUUUGAUGGUGCUUA